AUGGUUGCUGUUUUAAAUCUGCUUUUAUCAUUGUCUUCUAUUGGUUUUGCAGUUUAUUCCCCAAGCAUGGACUCUGCUUUCUAUGCAAGAUUGAGACGAAGAUUAAUUUUAUCUGAAAAGAGAAAUAGAAGGGGAAAAUUUACGGAACCAUUGGAUUUAGGACCUCCAACAAUAGUAUGUGAGCAUUGUGGAGCUCAACUUUGGUAUGAAGAGAGAACUGUAAAAUCAAAAACGCCUACAAAACUGAAGUUUAGUUUGUGCUGUUCUGAAGGAAGAGUUCAACUCCCUCUAUUGAAAGAACCUCCACCCUUUCUUGGAAACUUACUCAAUAUUAAUAGUGAUCAGAGAUCAAUAAACUUUCAACUAGGGAUAAGAAUCUACAACUCUCUCUUUGCUUUCACUUCUUUGGGGGGUAAUGUUGAUAGAUCAGUGAAUAAUGGUUCUGGUCCAUAUGUGUUUCGUGUAAAUGGUCAAACUCAUCAUAGAAUUGGAUCACUUCUUCCUGUCCAUGGCCAAAAACCUAAGUAUGCACAGCUUUAUAUUUAUGAAACUGAUAAUGAAGUUAAAAAUAGAAUUGAUGCAGUUAUACGUGAAGAUGAUAGAAAUUAUGUGGAUCCAGAUAUUGUUACCGGGUUGAUGGAAAUGUUAGACCAGUGUAACCAAUUGGUUAAAUGUUUUAGAAUGGUCAGGGACAGAUUUGAUGAAUCAGAUAUACAUAAUGUCAGAAUUCGUUUAAUACGAAGUCGCAAUUCUGAUGAAAGGCAAUAUGACUUACCUGUAACGUCUGAGAUAGCUGCUCUUAUUGUUGGAGAUUUUAAUAUUGAAAGUUCUAAUAGAGAUAUUAUUGUUGAGAAUCGAAGUUUAGGAUUGCAACGUAUAAAUGGAACUCAUCCAAGCUUUAUGGCAUUGCAAUAUCCAUUACUUUUUCCGUAUGGUGAGGAUGGGUAUAUGCUUGGUAUACCUUAUAGGAAUUUGAAUGGGAGCAAUUCUAGAAAAAGGGAAUCAAUAACAAUGAGAGAAUACUAUGCUUGUAGGCUUCAACAACGCUUUCAUGAGGGCAAGACAUUGUUGCUUGGUAGGAGGCUUUUUCAACAAUUUAUAGUGGAUGCAUACACUUCUAUCGAAGAAGAAAGACUACAAUGGGUUAGAUUCAAUCAAAAAAAAUUAAGGUCAGAGCUGUACUAUGGUUUGAAAGAUGCCGUUCUUCGUGGUGAUACAGAUCCCAUUACCGUAGGCAAACGAAUAGUCCUACCAUCCUCAUUUACUGGAAGUCCAAGGUACAUGGUUCAAAAUUAUCAAGAUGCAAUGGCGAUAUGUAGAUGGGCAGGUUACCCAGAUUUAUUUCUUACAUUUACUUGCAAUCCAAAAUGGUCAGAAAUCAAUCAUUCCUUAGAAUUUAUAGAAGGCUUGAAAUAUGAGGAUCGGCCAGAUAUUGUAGCAAGGGUUUUUAAGAUAAAAUUAGAUGAACUAUUACAUGAUUUGAGGCAUAAAUCUCAUUUUGGAAGAGUUAUUGCUAUUGUGUAUACAAUUGAAUUCCAAAAAAGAGGACUCCCACAUGCACAUAUUCUUCUAUUCUUGGAUCCAAAGGAUAAGUGUCCAAGUCCAACAGACAUUGAUGGUAUCAUUAUGGCUGAGAUACCAGAUCCAGAUGACGAUCCUGUUGCUAAUGAAGUUGUAAAACAAUUUAUGAUGCAUGGGCCAUGUGGAUCUGCAAAUCCGAAAUCACCGUGCAUGAUGAAUGGUAAAUGUACAAAACAUUUUCCGAAAAGAUUUUAUGAAGAAACAACAAUUGAUGAAGAAGGCUUUCCAGUAUAUAGAAGGAGAAAUGAUGGAAAAACAAUAGAGAAGAACGGAAUUCUUUUGGAUAACCGAUAUGUUGUACCUUAUAAUGUAGAUCUUUUGGUGAAGUACCAAUCCCAUUUGAAUGUAGAAUGGUGUAAUAGAUCUCAAUCGAUCAAAUAUUUGUUUAAAUAUAUAAACAAGGGAUCAGAUAGAGCAACAGUUGUUGUAGAAGAGAAUUUGCCAAAUAUUAGGAGUGAUGGACAAGAGACCGAAAUUGUUGUUGAUGAGACAAAAGCAUACUUGGAUUGUAGAUAUAUUUCAGCUUCUGAAUCAUGUUGGAGAAUAUUUGAAUUUCCAAUUCAGUUUCGAUAUCCACCUGUUGAAAGAUUAAAUUUUCAUUUGGAAGACGAACAUCCUAUCAUUUAUCCGGAAAAUACAAGCUUGGAUAAUGUUUUAAAUAUACCUGGUAUUGAAGAAACAAAGUUUACAGAAUGGAUGAAAACAAAUGAGGCUUUUGAAGAUGCACGAGAGUUGACUUAUGCUGAAUUUCCUACAAAAUGGGUAUGGCAUAGUAAUGAUAAGCAAUGGCAAAGAAGGAAAUCUAAAUAUUGUAUUGGAAGAGUGUAUUACACACAUCCUUCAAGUGGUGAAAGGUUUUAUUUGAGAAUGUUGCUUAACAUUGUCAAAGGUCCAAGAAACUUUAAAGAAUUAAGGACUAUAAAUGAUGUUACUUAUCCAACUUAUAAGGAAGCCUGUUAUGCACUUGGACUUCUUGAUGAUGACAAAGAAUGGCAUGAUUCCCUAAUUGAAGCUUUGAAUUGGGCCAGUGGGCAACAAUUGCGUCAACUAUUUGUUACAAUGCUAUUGUUCUGUGAGGUAGCUGAUCCAUUAAGUCUUUGGGAAUCCAACUAG